AUGCUACAGGCCGCUGCACAGCGCCUGACGCGCUCCUCGCCUUCCCAACCCGCAUCUUCUCCCCCGCUCGAGCCGACGACUGAGCGCCAGCAACGCCGGCUCUCGCGCAUCUCGCCGUCCGAGUUCGACUCCGUCCUCACGUCCGGCGAGACCGUCAAGCUCAACACCGGCACGGGCGGGCUCGCAAGCGACUCUCCAGAGGUGCUGGCGCCGCCCGAACCCUCUCCCAGCCCUGAAACGCCUCGAACAAAAGUCUCGAGUCGGCGCGGGAGCUCGAAGGGGAUCGGAGCGUUCGCAGUGAACGGCUUGCCUGGGCGGGGGCAGAUCUUGAGCGCGGGAAGUUCGCCGGAGUCGGUCAGGAGCGUGAGGAGGAGGAGAGACGAUGAUGCCGUCGAGGUGCUGGACUCGUACCAGUGGCCUGAAGCGGGAACAAGCACGCAGAAGCAGACGGUCAGCAGCGGGCGGAAUGGCGCAGGCGGCGACCCCUUCCGGCAACCUCCUCGAACCGUCUCGCCAGAACGGGUCCAGCAGCCUCUCUCAUCCGUUCCCACUGCCGCCAACCCAGCUCGUUCCGAGUCUUAUCAUAGCGUCAACACCAUCGGCUCGAACGGCGCGAACGGAGGGAGAGGCCGUCUCUCGAUAUCGACGAUCUCGACGGGGUCCUACGUCCAUGUCCCCUUUCCGCCUGUCGAGAACAAACCGCAGACGGCGACUCAGCCACAGUCGAACAGUUCGACUGCGGGCUUCGACUUCAGCCCACUGCGUAAGCGGGUGUCGUCGAGCGAAAGCAUGGAAGGCAAGAUGUCGAUUGCCGGCACGAUGAGGCGGACGAGUCGGUUCUUCCGGAAACUGGGUGGAGUAGCCACUGGUGCCUCGAAGAGCACACCGAGCUCACCCCUCCCGCAAGGCGACUUCUUCCCGCAUUCCACCGAGUCGCCGCCACUUCCGCCUCUGCCUUCGCCUCUCACCCGCUCCCCCGCUUCACGCCAAAAUUCCUCGCCUCGUCAGAACGUCGUCGCACGAGAUCCGCGCGUCAACCGCAGAGACAUCCCUCAGCUUCCUUCGACAAGUCAUCUGCCUGGCUCGCCUACCGACUCGUCCUCGACUGCGAUGCUCCGGGACGACUCGAAUAACUCGCUGCUAUCCGCGCAAAGCCGCAGCUCGGCCGGCAGCGGCUCGCGACGGCGGAGAAGUCUCAGCCUCAACUCGGUCAGGAUUGAUGGGAGCGGAGCGGAGGGCGGAUUAGCAGUUCCGCAGCAGCCCGAACGAGCGCGUCGACCCAGCAGCCGCACAGAGGAUGAUCGCCUUCGACGCGAGCUACGAAGAUGGCGACUUGGCGUCGACGGUGUACUCGGUGCUGCGGGUACUAGCACGACGCCAAGUCCCAGCUCCUUUGGUGGCAGCCCUUCGCUGGCGAGCCAGUCCAGCCCGCAGCUCGAGCGUACGGCGUCGAACCUCAGCGCAGAUCCUCGUCCGCCUUCACCAUCGCUCUCGCUCGGCGCCGAGCAGCGGAGAGCGUCCGUACCAGGCGACACGAAUAAGCCCUUACCGUCACUCGCGGCGUACCGGUCAGCCAGCCUGCCAACCUCGAGCCUGGCGCCGCAGCCGCCAACGACCGUUGCUGAGCGACCAUCUUCGUCAGAGGGCGACACCCCAAAAAUCCGCCUCUUCUCUCCGUCCCGCUCUGGGUCCAUCUCGUCCGCUGUCACCGUCAAUCCGGCCUCUCUCGCGCGAGGUUCGCUUACUCGCGGGUCGGUCUCCUCGAUCACGUCGACUGAAGAUGGAACUGGCAUCGGACUUGGCCUCGCAGCCAUCACCGAGACCUUGCACUCUCGCGACAGUACUCUCGUCUCGCCUGCUGCCCAGCCCGCUACUACACCCACCCGCGACACCUUCCCGACUGUCAACGACUCUCCCGCACGACUCUCGCCCUCGUCUGCCCCUGCGACGGUCAGCAACCGAAGCAAAGGCGACCGCGGGUCGAUUGUCGCGCUGGGCUCCUCGCUGCCGGCGAGUCUCGCCGCUUCUUCCGUCAGUCUCUCUUCGUCGAUGGGUCCUGGCGGCUCUCGCUCGAAGAAUCGAGCAGCGAAGGCGGCAGAGGCGGCGGCGGAAGAAGCCAUGACGGACGAAGAAGUCGAGGAAAAGGCGCGAGUGCUCGCAACACGGGCCUGGGACGAGGACGAGACGUUUCUCGAGAAGCGGAAGAUCGCCGAAUGGCUUGGUACGGCGGGUCGCCUGCGGUCUGCAAUGCUUCGCCUCUAUAUCGACCAUUUCGACUUCGCUGGCUUGCGCCUUGACCUUGCGUUCAGGAAGCUUUGCGGCAAGCUGUACCUCAAAGCCGAGACGCAGCAGGUCGAUCGUAUUCUCGAGCAGUUCAGUCGGCGCUAUUUCGAGGACAACCCUUCUUCGCCCUACGGAAGCCCAGACGUCGUCCAUGCCGUCUCGUACUCGCUCCUCCUCCUCAACACCGAUCUCCACGUCGUCGACUCGACGACCCGCAUGUCUCGCCAGCAAUUCAUUCGCAACACCCUCGAGGCAAUCAACGCCCAGACUGGCUGGCCGAAUCCAAAUGUCGCGCUCGCGACGCCGCCCGUUCUUGUCGACACGCCUCCCGCUCUUCCGGACGCUAGUGCGUUCGAUGGGUCGAGCGCCCGUCCUUCCACCGCAGAGACUGUGACUGGAGGCGCCGACUCGCUUGCUGCGAAGGAUUCGCCUGCGCCUGCGUCGAUCCCCCUUCCUGCUUCACCCGCUUCCUCGCGACCGGCUACCGCCAACAGCCUGGACCGCUCGACGAAGACGGUGAUCAACGUCCCACAUCGCAGCGAGAGUGCGGCUACCGUCAACUCGACGCAGUCGAACAGGACGCCGUACGCGAGUAUGCAAACGGUUCUCAAGGACAUGUACAACGCGAUCAGAGCGCAGCCGAUCUACCAGACCUCUGUCGACAGCGCCUCGCACCUCAAUCUCCCAGAGCAUGGUGGACGGCCAUCCUUCUCGCUCGCGCCGUCAAACUCGCCAUAUGCGACAUGGAGUGGCGGUGUCAACAGGUCCGCGAGUCGGCGCAGCUCGCAAUCGACUAUCAGCGGCGUUUCAUCCAUGGCGUACAAGCGGUCGAGUAUUCGCGGCAUCGGCAGCUUCCUCGGCGCUUCGUCUCUCGAGCUGGUCAGGUCCUCAAGCCCGACGAGCAGCGCUACGUCCCUCAGCGAUGAGCGCUGGAAUACCGCCUACGGCCUGCCUUCGCAACAUCACGCCGUCCCGACAAUCGGCUUCGCCAACAGUCUCUCGAACACGAUCAUCCGCGAACAGCGCGAAGACGACAACGCCUCGGAGGCGAGCACGAUCGAGGUGACCGACGAGGAGCUCGCUCUUCUCGGCGCACCCUGGGCGAAGGAGGGUCUCCUUCAGCGCAAGCAUUACUGGGAAAUGACGGGCAAGCGCGCGAAGGACAAGAGCUGGUCUCAGGUCUUUGUCGUCAUCUCGGCGGGGGAGGUCAAGAUGUUCAGGUUCGACGGGAGCGGGGGCAGCAUGCGCGGCGGAGCUGGUGUCGGCGGCGGCGACUGGACUGCAAGCGCGUCCAACGCCGGCUCGAUCAGCCUCAUCCACGCGCUCUGCUCUUCGAUGCCGCCUCCCGGCUACAGCCGCGACCGCCCGCCCUGCUUCGUCCUCACGAUGCCGAACGGCGGGUCCUACUUCUUCCAAGCUGGCACGCCCGACCUCGUCGCCGAGUGGGUGUCGACCUGCAACUACUGGGCGGCGCGUCUUUCGAAAGAACCGUUGCCCGGCGGUGUCUCGAACAUGGAGUAUGGCUGGAACCGCGUCGACCGCUCGAACGACGACGAGGACCGCGAGGAGAUCGCCAGCAUCCGCAGCGGUCACAGCCGAAUCAGCUACGCCGGCUCUGCGUUUCACUCGGCGACGUCGACCACCAACGGGAACGACCGCAUCCACAUCAACGAGUGGAAGGCGCCCGAAGUCCCUCUCGUCCCGAGUAAUCUGCCAGAAGAAGCGCAGCUAGAGGCUCUCAAGCGUCACGCGACGCUGCUUCGGAAGGAACUGCUCGAGCACAACACCAUCCGGACGUCGAUGCUUCGUCUCUACUCGCCUCGCAGCUCGAACGCCAGCAAGGCGCAGGCGAACUGGGAACGCAAGUCGAAGCACCUGCUCGCCGAGAACGUCAAGUACAACACGUACAUCGACGCCCUCUCGAGCGCUAUCAAGUUGCGCGCCCUGCAGCGAGGCAAGAAGGAGGUCGAGGCGAUGCUCGAGAGCGCGGACGCCGACGCGGACGACGAAGACGAGCUGAUUGCGUCUCUCUCGCCGUCGGACGGUCCAACCUCUCCAGCUGUCACCGCCACGUCGACGCCGCCCUCUCCCGAGAUAACCUUUUCUCCCGCUGUCAGCGAACCCGUACCGGAGCCUGCCAGCCGCCGCCAGUCGCGCUACGAUUCCGCCUCCCAAACGUCGGUUGCGACGAGUCGCACCGAGUUCUUCGAUUCCCAUGGCGAUAGUCCUCCGCCGAGCACACCCUAG